AUGGAUUAUUUAUUUUUUAAAGUUUUCAAAAACAUUGUACUUUUUAAAAAAAUAUUUAGUUUUAUUAAACACGAUAACUAUUAUAGUGAUUUUGGUAUAAGAAAACUUGGAUCAUUUAAAUAUGAAGAGAUAGUAUCAACCAAUUGGAUGAUAAAAAAUCAAUACUAUCAAUUACUCUUUGAAAAAGUCAAAAAAAAAGAAUAUCUUUUAUUCAAUGUAUAUAAAACCAAUAAACCAAAUGAAAUUUAUGAACCAAGAAAUGAAAUUAGAAAAAAGUAUGAUAAAAAGCAUGGUAUUAAUAUUUAUUUAAAUAAAUUUUCAAUUUUUAAUAAACAAAUUGCAAUUGAUGCCAAAUGGUUAAAUAAUAAUAAUAGUUAUAAUAAUAAUAAUAAUAAUAAUAAUAAUAAUAAUAAUAAUAAUAAUAAUAAUAAUAAUAAUAAUAAUAAUAAUAAUAAUAAUAAUAAUAAUAAUAAUAAUAAUAAUAAUAAUAAUAAUAAUAAUAAAAGUUUUUAUUAUUAUUUAUUUAAAAAUUAUUCAAAUUAUUUUAUUGAAAAUGAAAAUAUAAAAGAAACUGAAUUCUUUGCAAUUGAAUAUGAUAAUUCACAUAUAUUAGAAAUAUUAAGUAAAGAAUUUAAUUAUAAAUUUAAAUUUAUAUCAUUGCAAAGGUCAAUUGAUAUUGGUUCAUUUGAUUGUGCAACAAUAAUAUAUCAACAACUUUUAUUGAAUAAUAAAUUAAGUGGUAGUGGUAGUUCAAGUGGUAGUAGUGGUAGUAGUAGUAAAUCAAAAUUAAUUAAAUUAUGGAAUUUAUUUUUAUCAAAUGAAAAUUAUAAUUUAAAAUAUAAUAAAGUAUCAUCAGGUGGUAAAUAUAAUUUUAAAUUUUAUGAAACAAUUAAUUUUUUAAUUAAUUUAUCAAAUAAUAAUAAUAUUGAAGAUUUAUUACCAUCAUUAAAUAAAAUAAAUAAUGCCAAUGGAAUGUUUGAAUUUUCAAUACACAAUUCAACAUUAUUACAAUUAUUUGAAAGUGUUAAAAUAUUAGUCAUACUUAGAGACUUAUUAAAACCAUUUCAAAAAUUAAUAAAUGAAAAAAAGUUGAAAUUAUCACUUGAAUCAGAUAAUGAAUUUAUAAUUGAAAGAAUGAUAUUCAAUAAUACAAUGGAGUUACCAACAAAAUCAGAUUUACAAUUAAUGAAAUUUACAAACGAGCAAUUAAAUUCACUAGUUUCAAAUUUUGAUAAUAAUGUUGAAGAUACCAAUGUAUUUAAAUUAUAUAAUUGGUUAUUACCAUUUACAGGAUUUUUCACAUUUUUUCCAGAAAAUUAUAUUUAUUUAAAAUUAAAAUAUUUUAAUGAAUUUAGUUGGUACAAGAAUCAAUUUUUAUUAUCUGGUACAUAUCAUCCAAAUAAUUUCGCUCAUUAUGAUUUUCAAUUAUUGUUACAACAAACAAGUGAAAAUAAAUAUUAUUUCAAAUUACCAAUUUUUAUAUUUUCAAAGAGUAACAGAAAAUCACAAAUUUCAUAUUUAAAUAAUUUUAUUAAUGAUAUUAAAAUUUAUCAAAAUUUAAUACCAUCUGAAAAGAAACAAUUGGUAAUUAGAGUUUCAAUUAAUUUUUUCUUAGAUUUACUUAGAAUUAAUGAUUUAGAAUUAUUGAAAUUAUUUUUAGAAAAUAAAGAUACUCAAUGGUUAUUAAUUCAUUUUUUUGAUUCUUCAAUUAGUACAAUUUUUAAAGAUAUUUAUUAUAAUAUAAAUUCAAUUGAUUCUUUAGAUUUAAUAAUGAAAUAUAUAAAUAUAAAUCAAUCACAAUCACCACCACCGUCAUCAUCAGUAUCAACAACAACCACUACAUCAGGAACAACAACAACAACAACAACAACAACAACAUCAACUCUUUUAUAUUCAUUAGUUGUUAAUGAUAAAUUUGAAAUUUUAUCAUAUUAUAAGAAAUUUCAUUCAAAUAAUUAUUUUAAAGAUUGUGAAUCAUUUAAAUUGGAUCAUAAUAUAUUUACAAAUAAUAAUGAAACAUUAAAAUUCAUUUAUAAUAAUUUAGAUGAUUUUGAUUUUGAUAAUGUUAAUAUUUGGAGAAUUGAUGAUAAAAAAUGUUUAAACAAUUUAAAUGAUUAUAUUUAUUUCUUGGAUCGUACACCUUUAGAUGUUAAAUAUCAUUGUUGUAUACCUGGUAGUCUUCAAGGUUUAAUAUCAAAGAAUAAUAAUAUAUACUUUAAUUAUAUUUAUAAUUAUAGACCAUUAGAUUUAUUAAAUGGUAGAUGUGUUAUAUUUAAAGGUUUAAAAAAUAAUGAAAUUGGUAAAAAUACUUAUUACUAUAUUAAACUUUAUCAAUUAAAAAUUAAAUUAAAUUAUAAUAAUAAUAAUAAUAAUAAUAAUAAUAAUAAUAAUAAUAAUAAUAAUAAUAAUAAUUUAAUUGAAAAUAAUAAUAAUAAUAAUAAUAAUAAUAAUAAUAAUAAUAAUAAUAAUAAUAAUAAUAAUAAUAAUAAUAAUAAUAAUAAUAAUAAUUGUUUAAUUGAAAAUAAUUUUAAUAAAUUAUCAAUUUUAGAAGAAAUUGCAAUAAUAUGUGAAGAAAUUGGUAUUUAUGGUAAUAUUAAAAUGGUUGAUGAAUUAUUUAAAAAUAGUCAAGAUAAAUUAAUUUUAAUGGAAAAUAUAUUCUUUUUUGGUUGUUGUAAAUUUGGUCAAUUAAAAAUUUAUAAUUAUUUAAUUGAAAAGUAUAAUAACAUUUUAUUAAGUCUUUUUUCAAAUUUAAAUAAUAUAUACAAAUUGGGUGUUUUAUUUAAUAAUGGAAAUUUACAUUUAUUCUUAUUACUAAAAUCAAAUUUACAUUUUAAAUUAAAACAUAAAGUUUCAAAUUCAACAAAUCUUUUUUUAUUAAAUUAUUUAUUAAAAUAA